AUGGCUGGAAACAGACGCUCUUCGAAUUCCGAUGUGGGCAGCCGUUCCGGCGCAUCUGGGGCUGCGGGUCCCAAACUCGACACGGUCCCGGCCCCCUGGGACGGGCAUUUGAAGCCUAGAGCUCCGAAGCAUGCCUUGGCAGGUGCCGCCAAGGAGUUUCUUGGAAACAAGAAAAUUGCGCUCAACUAUCACAAAGAGCGCGGCACCGUUAUCAUAGUACAACCACCCUGUCCUUUCUGUCGUGUCGAAAUCGCAAUCAGUUUGCAAGCUGAAGUGGAUUCAACGGACGGAACGGUCAGGUUCAUGGCUUCCGAUGCUAUGCAUCUUUAUCCUAAGACUCGUGUAAAAAAGAAUGAAAAGAAGGCCUCUGUAAGAGAUGCCACUGAUCACGAGGGGCCCUCUUGGGACAAGUCUCAAAUGACAAUUGAUCCGGCCGCCCAUCCGCUGUUUGGCUUCACAUGCCUACGCGGUAUCCCGAACUCCAGCUCAGUAGUCGAAGCUAGUCCCAUCACCGGACUACCUCAUGCCGAGCGCAACACACUGGAAGAACGUCUGAGCGACCUUGGGUUACUUGCAGUCAAGGAUAAAUAUGAGAUUUUAAUCAGGUGCCUCAAUUGGUAG